AUGGCACCGUCGCUGUUCGAGCAGCUGGCGUACACGUGGAUGGAGCGGAAGAAGCUGGGCGGCAGCUAUUCUUCUCAUCGGGCGGCCAACGAGAAACAUGUGGUUGUUUGCUCCACCACUCUGCAUGCCGACACCAUCAUGGACUUUCUCAACGAGUUCUACGCUCAUCCUUUGCUGCAAGACUACUACGUGGUGCUGCUGUCGCCGAUGGAGCUGGACGCCACCAUGCGCAUGAUCCUGCAGGUCCCCAUCUGGGCGCAACGCGCCAUCUACAUCCAGGGCUCGUGCCUCAAGGACGGUGACCUGAAUCGGGCACGCAUGAAUGAUGCCGAGGCAUGCUUCAUCCUGGCAGCUCGUAGCUACGCCGACAAGACGGCCGCGGACGAUCACACGAUCGUUCGGUCAUGGGCCGUGAAGGACUUUGCACCGAACGUGCCCCAAUACGUGCAGAUCUUUCGGCCGGAGAACAAGGUGCACGUCAAGUUUGCCGAACACGUGGUCUGUGAAGACGAGUUCAAGUACGCAUUGCUGGCCAACAACUGCUUGUGUCCGGGUACCUCAACGCUGGUCACCCUCCUGCUGCACACGUCACGAGGACAGGAAGGGCAGACGUCAGAAGAGGAUUGGCACCGGCUCUAUGGAAGAUGUUCCGGUAACGAGAUCUACCACAUACGACUGGGCGAUUCGCGCUUCUUCGGCGAGUACGAGGGAAAGAGCUUCACGUACGCCAGCUUCCACACGCACCGGAAGUACGGGGUGGCGUUGGUUGGUGUUAGACCAUCUGAGCUUCCGGAGUUCUACGAGGACACGAUUCUCCUCAACCCCGGCCCCAGGCACAUCAUGAAGAACUCCGACAUAUGCUUUUACAUGAGCAUUACAAAGGAAGAGAACAGCGCGUUCGUGGCCGGCGACGCUUUCCCUGAAGCUCCGCUCUGCGUGCCGGACAAACCUAUCAUCAGCGACGAGGCCAAACAACCCGACCCCCGGCCAGAGCACACGACAGUGGACAUGGCACCUGAGAAGCGCAAGGCGCGGGAGCACCCUGUACACGAGCUACAGCGCGGUAUGAGCAGCGACAGCAGAGGCAGCGCGCCCAGCAUGAGCUCCAAUCACCUGGACGUGCCGCGCGGUGAGCCGGCGGAGACGCCCGGCGCCACGCUCCGACCAGGCUCGCGGCGGCCGAGCAUCCUGCCCGUGCCGGACCAGUUCACGUCGUCGACGCUGAACGUCAGCAGCAGCCGCGACAGCAGCGACGAGCGCAGCGAAUCGGAGGACGAGCUCGACAACGUGCCCUGGCGGCCGCCCAGCGAGAAGAUCGCGAUCGUGAAAGGUUUCCCGCCGGUGACGCCGUACAUCGGGGUCAGCCCCACACUCUGCUACCUGCUGAAGGAGAAAAAGCCGCUCUGCUGCCUCCAGCUCGCCCAGGUCUGCGAGCACUGCUCGUACCGCUCGGCCAAGGAGUACAGCUGGCAGAACAAGGCGGUCAUCCUGGCGGCUGACUUUGCGUCCAACGGCAUCUACAACUUCAUCAUUCCGCUGCGUGCCCACUUCAGGCCCAAGUCGUCGCUGAACCCCAUCAUUCUGCUGCUGGAGCGGCGGCCUGACCUGCCCUUCCUGGACGCCAUCAGCUACUUCCCCCUGGUCUACUGGAUGCUCGGCUCCAUCGACUCCCUGGACGACCUGUGCCGGGCCGGUAUCAACCUGGCCGAGAAUGUGGUGGUGGUUAACAAGGAACAGAACAACUCGAUCGAGGAGGACUCGCUCGCCGACUCCAACACCAUCGUGGCCGUGCAGACCAUGUUCAAAUUCUUCCCAAGCAUCAAGAUAAUCACCGAGCUCAGUCAGUCGUCCAAUAUGAGGUUUAUGCAGUUCAGAGCGCAAGAUAGCUACGCUCUGCAUUUGUCUAAAAUAGAGAAGGCGACAAUGGUGGACCACACCGGCAACACGACCCUGCUCGAGGACAGAUCGCUUCCGUGCUGGACGUUUGCCGAUGAUCGCGAGAAGGACCACGGCUCGCACAUCUCCUGCAUGUUCCGGCUACCAUUCGCCGCCGGCUCCGUCUUCUCGGCCUCCAUGCUGGACACGCUGCUGUACCAGGCCUUCGUCAAGGACUACCUCAUCAUCUUCGUGCGGCUGUUGCUGGGCAUUGACCAGGCGCCGGGGUCGGGUUUCCUCACGUCGAUGCGUAUACUGCCCGGAGACAUGUGGAUCCGGACGUAUGGUCGGCUGUACCAGAAGCUCUGCUCCACCACGUGCGAGAUCCCCAUUGGGAUCUACCGCACCAUGGACACGUCGGAGAGCGCUUCGGACAUCUGCGGGCAGCAGGACGACCCCAAGGCCAAUCACUCUCAGCUGAUCGAACGAGCCGAGAUCUCCCAGCUGGUGCGCAGUCGGAUGCAAAGCCUCGGUUUGCCGGUGGAGGACUAUGACGACGUGUCCGAGAAACGGGGCAGCAUCAGCUACGUCAUCAUCAACCCCAGCUGUGACCUGAAGCUGGAGCAGGGCGACAUCGUCUACCUGAUCCGCCCGAGCCCGUUCUCGGCCCAGAAGACGUUCGAACGCCACAACAGCCGGCGCAAGUCCAACAUAUCCAUGUGCGACCCGCGCCGUCGGGGAAGCGCCUGCUCGCGCAACACGGUCGGCAAGAGCAACUCGCUGAACCUGCCCGACAGCCCGCACCAGAACCCGCCGUACCAGCGCGCGCGCUCCAGCUCGCUGCGCGUCGACGACAUCCUGAUGAAGCGUUCCAACUCGCUCCGACUCGGCCUGUACGAGAACACGCGCAAGAUCGCCAGCCUGGAGGAGCUGGGCGGGCUGGGCGCCAGCCUGCCGAUGAACCCGGCGCUGCGUGACCGCAACGCCCGGCUGCCGCUGACCGACAGCAUCGGCCUCAAGGUCACGCCGCCCGACGAGCAGCAGGCGGCCGGCGUCGGCUCCGGCUCCGAGUCGUCCAUCCCCAGUAUUCACCUCGAGGGCACCAUCGUAUGACCCGAGGACACCAGCUCAGACUCGGACCCGGAGCCGGCCAGCCUCAGCGAUUAGGCGGUGGCAGCGACGGCGGCUCGCAUGCCAGGGAUCACUCCAGAUGUCGGCAACAGAUGGCAGAAGAGGCGAUACUAAGCGUGGCUGACGUUGGUGCGGUUCUGUCGGGUUUAGGCUGCUGGUAGACGUCUGCUUAUGUGAGCAGACAUAGUGGUUGGAAGAGUGGAGCGAGUGGAACACGGACAGUUUAGUCUAUACGAUAUAGAAGAAGCAUGGAAACUGCUCCCCACUGGCCGGGCAUCCACUCAGAAAAAGACAUGAUGCUGCACUUUGUAUUUGUAUUGUUGUCUUGUUACACCAAUGACGCUGUUAACUACGUUUAGGUUCGUUCCAUAUGUUAUCCUUUUAUUUAAUACGUUGUGUGUUACAUCUGGUCAUCAACUCCGUGAGUAACGUUGUCGGGAUUAUAUGCCUGUCGUACCUACCUGUUGUAUUUGUGUGUACUCAUGAAUUUUACUGCUUAAGACAUCCCUUCCCCCCACCCCUAAUCGAAGGCAGUCGCUCACAGAGCCAUGUUCGACGCCUGCUGGUCGGAAGUAAAACUGGACGAAGCGGGUAGCGCCGCCGGACGGUUUUGAUGCCCAGCUGAAGCUCUGUCGCUCUGUGCCACACAAAGCUGAUGUCAACGCAUGGAUCAAACCCUGGGGUCGGUUUGGGCUCGCAGGUCUUGUGUCUGUUCCUAUUCAAAGUGUGUGUCCAGGGAGUUUGUGACAGCGGGGAGGGGUGCACCACGCUAAGGACUGCAGAGUCACUGCGUGGGCAUAGCUCGUGCGAAAUAGGUAGGGUCCAGCACAUGGUUUUUUUCUGAGACGCGCUCCCAAGGGUGAUCACGGCGUGUGUCCUAUCGCGUGUUCCUGCUCAGCGCCGCAUGGCUGCAGUGAGCUGAGAAGGACCUUGAACUUUCCCCGCCCGAGAGUGAACCAGACCGGCGCAGGCCUCGCUCUCUUGACCGAUCGUUCCACGGGGCGGACCUCGUGAGACCCGUUUUGGGGAUUCGAAACCCUAACCUCGCCCGACGGCUGAGGAGGUCAGCUCCCGCACCGUGUCACGUGUGCGCGUUGACACGGGAUUACCGCUGUAUUGCGCUGGGGGCCGCCCCACGUGCCCGCGCUUGUCCGGCGAGCGAAGCGCCGUUUUCAUACGGGAGCCGGCCGAGCUCCAUGCAACGUCGGCUGCGCGUUCAAAGACCGCCGCUCAGCAGACACGCUGGCGCAGCGGCCUGGCCGGCGGAAGAGGCACAUGCGGGGCCAGCUGUGCUGGGAGCUCAGCCAGACUGGUUGCGCACGCGCCGCGCGUCAGUUCAGUCCGGCCGUUGGCUAGGAUAUGCGUGAUCUCGGGUCACAUCCGCGUAGAUUCGUCGAGUGUAGCCGUACCGGCAGGGCGACCCCGCUGCGGUGGCGCCGGAGCGUGCCCACUGUCUGGCUUAGUGGUGUCGGGUCAGUUUCGGUGUCGUCAUGGUCCCCCGCGUGACGUCAUAUCAUAUCGCUCUCGCGUCCGAGCCGUACCCGGCGCCCCCUCCCCUUCAGAUUUAGCCUCACUUGGAGGCGGAUCUCGGCACCGGGCAGGUAGCACCAACGUGCGGUGGAACGUGCCCGGUGGCGCCGUUUCUCCCCCCCCCCCCCCACAUUGGAAUCGUAACGGCGGCGCGUAGGCUAGCGGUGUUGCGACCGAUGUCGGCCACGGGGCGGCGCCGCUGUGAUUCAGAGUGACGACAGACAUAUUUUUCACUUCACUAUGCCGCUUACGAAUAAACCCACUCGGUCUGAGCAGUGCGUGUCUGCAUGUCUACGUGCUGGCGUGGAGAAGUGUUCAGACAGAGAACCAGCGUAACGGUGUGUAGCGGAAUGUCUGAACGACGAACCAGCGUAACGGCUUGUAGUGGAGUGCUCAGAUGGAGAACCAGCGUGACGGCGGAGAUGGCUCUGGGGGUGUUGGCAGAAAUGGCUACAAUUUCGCGAUGCCAAGCAGGACGGCGGUCGCAGACAUAUUUCUCCAUGUAUCUCAAAUGGAUGCAAGCGUAAUUAUAUCGGCUCGAGUUGUCUGUCCUCCGCAAUG